AUGACAGCGAUAACGAUUUUUAUCAUAAUUAUUUGGAUAUUAUUUCAUCCCAUUUCAUUACGUACAGGAAAAAUUAAAGUUACAAUAAAUAAUUUCAGCUCACCCAAAGUUUUCCUCAAAUCAUUGAGUCAACCAAAGGGUCACAUUGACUCGUGCAGUGGCUUCAGCAGAGCACCCUUCCAAUUCUUUAAGACCUUCGAUUGGAUACCAUCAUUCCCAGGCGCUUUCCCACAGGUUAGGCAGUCGAUGGCUGUGCUAAGCCUUUUUUUAGCAGACAGGAUUGGGCUUAUUGAUUUCUUGAUGCAACCUGAGUACUGCUGCAGAAGUCCUUUCAGUAAUGCUGGCACAUCAAGGGCUGUCUGCUGGAUUCGGUUUAAGGCAGCACCGACGUUCUCCAAACCUCUGAUGAACUGCUGGGUUUUUUGGGUUGUUGAUACAUCUAGUAUUACUGCGUGGGCGCCACUUUUUUUUUUAGAAAAAUUCAACUUUUUUGGCUUAAGACGCAUUAUGCUAACCACCAGAGCAUAA